CGAGUCCUCCAUCAAUGGUGACAGGACAUCUGGCUCAUGAUCUUUUGCAUACACUAGCAGAUCUUGACAGCAAAGACAAGCUCCUCGGAAUCAGCUCCUUGCUCAGAACCACAGAGUCACAAAACACCAUAAAGCAUCCUGUAGAACUCGCAGGGUUUCUCGUGUCACUAUGGCUGUUGACAUAUCUCAUACGCCAUCUGAUGCUCCGAUCCGCAAGGACCUUGAUGGUCGCAUUUCGCAUGCAAGACGAUCGUGACGUGAAGAACAGUGCGCGACCAACACAUGCCAACCUAGGAUUCCUCCAGCAUGCCCUUGGUUCUCGCAGAAAACUAAGCAGAGAUAUUAGUCUGGGUGUCACAUACAACGUGACUUGCCUGAUUCUCACCCAACUGCUGUCGUGCAUAUCUGUAAAUCUAGUCUGGAGCAUCAUUGCUAGAAUCGCGAUUGGUGCACUCUUGGCCAACUUGCAUCUCCGUUGGACAUGUGUUAUUCUUUCCUCGAACAAGCAGACACGAUCGCGUAUCCUAUCGUUCCCGCAUAGAAACCUCAUAUUGUCGUUUGCAAUGUACACGCUUGCGCAAGAAAUUNNGACUGCAAGACUACCUGCAUACAUCAGCAAAACACUAUCAGGAAACCAUGCAAACAGCCUUGGGAGUCUUCACACUGUUGCUAUUGCCGAUUCUGUCGUUUUGGUCACUGCUCUGUGUUUACGAUUACUUGUGCUGUAUCUCGCUUAUGCCACAUACAUCAAAACCGAGUCCCAACACGUCAGCUCGAUGGGCCUAGCAUGGACAGAAUCAAACGCCUCUACUGAGCACGUGGUUUUGGGACUGAGUGCAUAUGCUCAGAGGGCAAGGAUUUGCUUCAAGAGAACUGCACUUUGGUUUGCAUUGUUGCAUCUACAAACAGUAUUCAUACUCGCCGUCAUCGAAAUCCUGACAGCGCCUCUUCUUCACAAGAUUGUUGUU